AUGGCCGACGCAGCAAGCACGAUUCUCGUGACCGGUGGCACCACGGGCCUAGGGUUCUAUGCCGCCUCGACUCUUGCAAGCCAAUUCAGGGCGUCUACCAUCAUAAUAGCCUCACGCAAAGACACGGGUUCCGUGGCGGCUGCGAUCCAGAAAGCUACAGGUCACCGCCAUGUGCGAUUCGUGCCCCUUGACCUCGGCAGCCAGGACAAUAUCAGGGCAUUUGUGAAUCACUUGGAGCAAGAACAGUACGCACCGAUCUCAAUGCUUCUCCUCAACGCGGGAAUCCAGGUGCCCGAGGGAGUGAAAUACACCAGUGACGGGAUCGAGGCGACGUUCGGCGUCAAUCACGUCGGCCACGCCCUCCUCUUCCACCUCUUGCAGCCUCAUCUGGCAGCCGAGGCGCGCAUCGUCGUCACCGCCAGUGAUGGUCAUGAUCCUGCGCGCAAGACCGGCCUCCCGGACGCCCAUUACACCACCGCAGAGAGGCUGGCUCAUCCGGCGGGAGAGGCGCUGAAGGACCCGGGCACCCAGCGGUACACCACCAGCAAGCUCUGUAACGUCUUGUGGACGUACGCAUUGUUUCGCAGACUGGGUGCUUCGCCGGCCAGGCAAUGGACCAUCGUCGCCUUCGACCCAGGCAUGAUGCCAGGCACAGGCCUGGCGCGCGAGUAUCCUGCCUUCGUCCGCUUUCUCUGGAGUUACAUUCUCCCCAGGGUGGUUGGCAUCCUCCGAAUCUUGGUAUCCAAGAACGUUCAUCUCCCACAAGAGUCGGGAGCGAAUCUAGCCUGGGUUGCGGGCCAAGAUACCACCACCAGUGGUGUCUACUACGAAGGGAGAAAGCAGAUCGAGUCGAGCGUGGAAAGCUAUGAUACCGCAAAGCAGGACGACUUGUGGAAGUGGACUGUCAAGACGCUGGCAUCCAAUGCGGACGAGCUGAAAGAAUUUGAUAUGGCCGUCUAG